GCGGGGGCCGCUGGCGGGAGGGGGAGCGCCAUGGCGCUGGGCUCGGCGUGGAAGCAGAUGUCGUGGCUGUACUACCAGUACCUGCUGGUCACCGCGCUCUACAUGCUGGAACCCUGGGAGCGCACCGUCUUCAAUUCCAUGCUAGUUUCCAUUGUUGGAAUGGCAUUGUACACAGGCUAUGUGUUCAUGCCUCAGCACAUCAUGGCAAUAUUGCACUACUUUGAAAUUGUGCAGUGACGAAGAACGUAUUUUCAAGACGUAACUGGGCUUUGAAAUCUGGUCUACAAAGAAGAAUGAACCUCUUAGUUUUACCAAGAUUUCUACUGAUGUUUGAAAUACAAUUAUGACUCUGAAGACUAGGAAAUGAGAUAUGUAGAGCAGGGACAUGAGAUGUCCCCUAUGUUGUGUUCAUUCCCUUUAAUUUUACAAGAUAUGCCCUUGUAUAGUAGUUUUGUCUACUUUAACAUUGUGAUUGUACUUUGAUAUCAGUAUUUUCUUAACUUUGUGACAGUUUCAAUAUUGCACUGUGAAAGCUUUUCUUAAUUGUAAUUUUGAGUAAAUCUUAAUUGCCUUCUAUUUUUAAUCAGAAAGUCAUCUUAUUAAAUGGGGCUUAAAGCUUUUGCUAUUGUAUGGUAUGUAUUUGCCUGGAUAUUUCUAUUAAUGUGUUUUGUAAGAAAAUACAUCUAGAUUCAUAUUAGAGACAUGGAUAUAUUCGUCUAAUGCUAUUUACGAAAGUUAGUUUGUAUGACUGAACUCAGGUGUAAUGUUCACUGUCCAGACUUUGUUCAAUGGUAUAUUUGUGCAUAUCACCUACAUUUGGAAUUAGCAAUUAUUUCAAGUUUCUGUAUUCUGCCUGUUGGAGGAGGGAUGGAGAGAUGAGGCAUUGAAGCAGAAUGAAGUCUGCUUUUGUUAUGUUUGAAGUAGUGCUGAUGUUCUGGGCUCUAUUUGGGUGGGGGGGGGGGGAAAUGGACUUUUCUUUACUGGCAUUGGCCCACAUACAGCUUUGGGAUAGCCCUUUAAAUCAACCCUGUUUUUCUAGCUACAACUUCACUUUUACAGGAUGCUUUAUUAUGUUCCAAUGGCUAUGGUUUCAGCUGAUUUUCACUCAACAGUGUAACUAUAUCUAGGUUUUCAAGGGGUUUUCUAUUGCUGCUAGUGUUCCAAACAUGUUUUCGCUAUGAACGACCAAAACAUAGGGAUUUCAAGGGACUUGAGUUACAACUACAGCAAUAAGUAGCUGAAUACUUGGCUGAAGUCCUGUCUUUUUUUUAAUAGGGAUUUUUUUCAGUUUUGUAUUCUGAAAUGUAAGAUGGUGACAACUUAACUUUCCUAAGUGGACAAUUUUUUUGUUGUUGUUGUUUAAAAAAAUAAAAAGUUAAAAAGCAGA